CUCACUCGUUCCCUGCCUGUCUUGCUAGUUCGUUGGGUACUUGGUUCCUUCCCUCCCCCUCCUGGUGGCAGCAGUGAGCCGGUGUUGAGCCCGUUGUUGAGCCCCACUGCCGCUGUCACAGCCAAUGGGAUGUAAGACCUGCUUAUAGAGCAAUCGCUCCGCAAACUACCUAGUAAUUUCUGAGGGACGAGUGAGUCGCAGAAGUUCGUUCUCUUGUUCUGAAUCCUCAAAAAAUGAGUGACGUCGCCGAUUUAAGAUCCGCUUGAGGAAUCAACUGACGAACGGAUUCUCAGAUUGUCAAUACCAGCGGAAGGGUUCAUGGGAAAGUGAGAAACAUGAUAGAAAGAAAAGGAAUGACUUUCUUGAAUCAUUUUCGUCCUAGCUGCUUGCAAUUGUCGUUGUUGUGUCCGGUCAUAUGCCCACAAUUAUCAGGUGCUCCUACUACUUAUACUACUACCACUCACAGUGCAGUUGUCAACCAAGGCAUCGUUAUCGAACGGUGAUUGUCUGUGUCACGAAAUCCGCACUACAUGUCAGAAAUGAACUAGUGAUUGGUGGAAACAAUUGAAUAGAAUGAGUUCGUACCAGUUUGUCAAUAGCUUAGCCCAGUGCUAUGCCGAUCAACAAGCUGGUCAAAAUGCCGUGUCACAGUCAAGCCAAGACUAUUAUGGCAUGAGCUAUCCGAAUUGUUACUCCCCCAACAUAACUGCGGCUGCUCAUGCCCAACAAUAUGGACAGUAUACCCUGAUGAUGGGCUCUGGGGGUUCGGUGGGGAGUGCUGGAGCCAACAGUGUUCCGGGAGGAGGCGUUGCUGUCAGUGGCGAGGGUGGGGUGGACGGUAACACGAGCAUCUCGGGUGGGAGUGGCGCUGGCAUAGGGGGAGGGGGUAGGGCCUCAGGGAAUGGGCGUGUGGGGAAUGUGGGUGGACCAACCUCAAAUGGAUCAAAUUCGAGCAAUAUUGGUCAAUCUCAUGUACGUGGUGACUAUGCGUCAACAGGCCAAAGAGGCAAUAGUGCAAACCAAAGUCCUUCAAGUAGCAACCUGAUUGUGAAUUCAAGUUGUAAAUACCAUCCCAGUGCGGCAACGCCCGGUCUCAACGGCUCGGCCGAUAGUGGAACAAAUUUAGGAUCACCCCAAGACCUGAGUCGUGCCUCAGAUAGUGAAACGCCCCAACCCUCUUGUCAGUCCUUAGGCCCAAAGACUCCGGAAAGCCAACCUCCAUUAUCUCCAGCUUUAACCGCAUCCUCCCCUGGCUCGGCCACUAAAAGUCAAAAUGAUUCCAUAGAUCACCGAAGCUCAACAGCCACUGGCAAUAAUACAACCAGUUCAAAUAAAUCCAACAGUUCAAAUUCCAGUGACUCGAAAUCAAGCCCAAAUGGCCCCCCACAUAUCUAUCCUUGGAUGAAAAGGGUGCAUCUUGGUCAAAAUGCUGUGAAUCAGAACGGGGAAACCAAACGCCAGAGAACUUCCUACACCCGGUACCAAACCCUCGAAUUGGAGAAGGAAUUUCAUUUCAAUCGCUAUUUAACUCGACGGAGACGAAUUGAAAUCGCUCAUGCCCUGUGUUUGACGGAGAGGCAAAUCAAAAUUUGGUUUCAAAAUCGCCGGAUGAAAUGGAAGAAGGAACAUAAGAUGGCCAGUAUGAACGCAAUGCCCAUGCAUCAGAUGCAUCCCGCUUUAGCGUAUCAACACCACGCCCACCUUCAAUCCAUGGGGAUGCAUGGAUUUGGUCUUCACGCGGCCGCUGCGGCUGAGCACAUGCACUCCGGAUUGGCCGCUAGCGAAGCAAAAGCUCAAUUUGACCGAUAUGGGAUACAAUAGUGAAGAGAGAAGAAACAAAAAUUAAGGAUCUCCUUGUCAAUUCCAAUCCUGCUUGAAGAUCUCUCAAUAUUACAAGCGCGCUGAUGCGGAGUGGUUCUAAUUCGAAGCGACUGCGAGCAAAAGUUGUUCCCCCUAAAAGGAGCGACAACAAAUUGUACAGUCUUUUACAAACAAAUGCGCAAAAAGAAACCAAGGAAAUAACGAACGGUCCCCUUGACGGCUUUUUGCGAUUUUCACUGCGCACACUUAGGACUUACUGGUCAUGAAGGUUCGCAAGAACAAACUCCCUUGUGUCAUUUCUUGAUUGGGUUUAAAUGCACUUCAGCGCCCCAACCAGAUGACUAUCUAUCCCCAAGAAAAGAGAGAUUCCCUGACAAACUGAUUUUUGAAUGUUCAUGGACAAACAAACAGGACAAAAAAAUGUAUUGGCCCACUCACAUAAUCGCUUGGAUUGUGACGAAUAAGUUUGAUUGGUCCCUCAACACCAAUUGGCCCGAAAUUUAUCAUUCUUUUCUUUCAAAUAUAGGAUUCAUCGCAAGACUUCGUACAUUUGGGUGCCACAACUCGCACAACUUUUUGAGCGCGCUUGAUGUAUUGUUUCAAGACUUAUACUUUUAUUACUAUUACUUCCCCCAUCGUAAUACAACUAAAACAGCGACUACUACUUCUUCUACCAUUACUAUCAUGAAAACUACCAUUACCAUUACCACCACCACCUCUUCCUCCCCCUCAACCACUACUAUCAUCAUGAUAAUAACAACAACUACUACUACCACUACUACUACUACUACUACUACUACUACUACAACCAUAUAACAACAUCUUCUAUCGCUGAACUAGAUAGGGUUGUUGCUUUGUUUCAAUUGUGAGUAUUUCAAGGCGCAAGAACAAAAAAGCGUGGAUUUGGCCCAAUGUUUACGUGCUGUUAUUCCUGUCAUUUACUAUCAUGACUUUCAUUGCAUAUUUAACGACCAAUUCCGCAAGCAAUUCUUCUGUUUCCUUCCCGAUUUGUUGUCGAGAGUCUGCGAAUUUGCCCCCUCCUCAUCUUGAUCAAAUUCAGCUUACCACGUGUGACCACAGGAGUCAUCUCUCAUUCAAGGGAUCAAACAAAGCAAUUGAUAACGACCGUAGGCAAUGAAUGUUUUUUUCCCGCGCAACAUCACAACUACUCUCUCCUACUCUUAAUGUCGAUUUUCCCGUUGAUAGACCGUUUCUGUUUUUCUGUCUUACAAACAUCACGACCAUCACUUGCUAGUGGAAAACGAGGCAAUGAGAGGGUAAUACUCUGAAAACAUCUCGUUGACUCAAAACACCAUAAACCCUAGAAAUCUGCGUCAGUUUUAUUGGUCUAUACUAUUGCCGCUGUUAUGAUUUAAUUUCCAGAUCACCCUGUUCUGUUCUGUUGACUUGUAUUAAGAAGUAAUAAAGAAAUUGCCUCACCCGACAUAAAUCAAUCGGAAAUUUA